AUGUCGCGCCAAGAGAUAAAAUUCCUUAAAACUCACAAAAGAGUUCAUUCAUCUCAUGAUAUAUUCACUCUAUUCUCACCCGAAAUCAUUGUUCAUAUUCUUGGUCAAUUAACGCCCAGUAAUAUUUUUGCUGUCGCAUUGGUUAACAAGCAUUUAUGUGAAUAUACGCGAGACAAUUAUCUAUGGCAUCUUGUGUGUUUGCAUCAAUUUGGCGAUAGUUUUGUCAAGGAGAUUAUUACAAAUUUGAAAAAUAGUUCUAACCAAAUUCAAUGUAAUUGGAAGCAAAUUUGUAUUGAGCAAUACCGAAAACCCGCUUUCCUUGCUGACAAAUGCGAAAUUACUUCUUUUUGCUACGAAGAAUCCGGGAUUGUUAAUACCCAUACAAGAGACGCAUACAUUGUGAAUUAUGAAAAAAGUAAAUGUGGAAAAACUGUCCUAAUCCCUUCACAAGACGAGCGGCUUCAUUUUUUAAAUUUAUCAACCGUACUCAAAAAUGUUCCCGCUGGGACGUAUCGUGUUAUCUGGAGGAUGUGUGUGCAUCAUUUAUCAGUGUUAAAAGGGACUAGAUUCAUAACAAGAAAACCUAAAUUUGUGCCCAAGAAAUACGUUUACCAACCAAAAUACUACGAUUACUCGGAAAACACGUUAGAAAAAAAAUUCGUCGAUUACCAAUUACCAUUUCAACUCGAAAUACCAUCAUUUAAUAACAAAACUCAAAAUUGUAAUGUCUACGUAGCGUUCGAAUGUACAGCAGGUAUGCCAUUGUUUGCCGGAAAACUG